UCAGCUCGCUCGUAUCGGCCAAGCGUCGCAAGGCAAACAACAUCCCUACCGGUGGCACUGGUGGUGGUGUUGUACGGGAACACGGCGUCGGCAUCGGAGAGGAAGAGCAGCCCACCGGAGAACGACGACGACGUGGAGGCGGAGGCGUAGGCUUCCAUCUGUUGACCCGCUUUCUCACAGUUCUCGGUGGUAAACGUGCGCACCGGACGGCUGCAAAAACGGGGAAGGAAUUUCUUCCGACAGAGGGCUUAAACGUGAUGGACUACGACAAAACGGUGGAAGCGAUGGACACCCAGGACGAUAAUGAAAUCGAUCCGCCCAACAUUCAGAACCUUGCCAGCGCGGUCGCACCUCCAACGGCAGCUGCUGCCAAUGGUGCAGGCGGAAAUACGGAAGGUGGCGGUGAAGCGAUGGCACUGGAUGAUCAGGAUUUUAUGAACGACGAAGUGCGCUCGGAAGCGACGUUCAGCUUUCAGAUACCCAAGUUCAGCCGGUUAACCGAAUCGAUCCUUUCGCCACCGUACUACGUGCGCAACCUGCCCUGGAAGAUAUUGGCAAUGCCGCGCAACAACGACAAUGCAGUGUCACCCGGCAAAGGACUCGGCUUUUUCCUCCAGUGCAAUGGUGAAAGUACGAGCAACAACUGGAACUGUUCGGCAUCGGCCGAACUGCGGCUGAUGAAAGUGGACCCACAGGCGGAACCGUUCAUCCGCAAGAUACGUCACACGUUCUGCAUGCAGGAGAACGAUUGGGGUUUCUCGUCCUUCAUGAACUGGCAGGAAAUACUGGACCCAGCGAAUGGGUUCAUCGAAAACGAUACGAUCACGCUGGAGGUGUACGUAAGCGCUGAGCCACCGCGUGGCAUUUUCUGGGACUCGAAAAAACACACUGGUUACGUUGGGCUUAAAAAUCAGGGCGCAACGUGCUACAUGAACUCACUGCUCCAAACACUGUACUUCACAAAUCAGCUCCGGAAGGCGGUCUACAAGAUGCCGACGGAGGCGGAUGACGAUUGUAAGUCGGUAGCGCUAGCGCUGCAGCGUGUCUUUCACGAUCUGCAAACGCAGAACAAACCAGUCGGCACGAAGAAGCUGACCAAGAGUUUCGGUUGGGAUGCACUGGAUUCGUUCAUGCAGCACGAUGUGCAGGAAUUUUUGCGCGUACUGCUGGACAAGCUGGAGAACAAAAUGAAGGGUACGAGUUUGGAGGGUACGAUCCCGAAGCUGUUCGAGGGCAAGAUGAUAUCGUACAUCAAGUGUCAGAACAUUGACUAUACGAGCAGGCGCACCGAAACGUUCUACGACAUACAGCUGAACAUUAAAGGCAAGAAGAACAUACAGGAAUCGUUUAAGGAUUACAUUGCGACAGAAAUUCUGGACGAUGAUAACAAGUACGAUGCGGGCGAGCAUGGACUGCAGAAGGCGGAAAAGGGUAUCCUGUUUUACAAGUUCCCGCCCGUGUUGCAUCUACAUUUGAUGCGCUUCCAGUACGAUCCGAUCUCGGACAAUUCGGUCAAGUUUAACGAUCGAUUCGAGUUUGAUGAGAUGAUCAAUUUGGACCCAUUUCUGGAGACGGAAGAGGAUACACCGGCCACUUACAUACUGCAUGCUGUGCUAGUACACUCGGGUGACAACCAUGGCGGCCAUUAUGUGGUAUACAUCAACCCGAAGAAUGAUGGCAAGUGGUGUAAGUUCGAUGAUGAUGUAGUUUGUCGGUGCAGUAGAAAUGAAGCGAUCGAGCAGAAUUACGGUGGGCAUGACAAUGAGCUGAAUCUGCGUCACAGUAGCAACGCUUAUAUGUUGGUGUACGUGCGCGAAUCCGUCGUACAUCAGGUGCUGGAAGAGGUAAAGGAAAGUGACAUCCCGGAAGAGUUGCUCGAGCGUUUGAAUGAGCAGCGCCGCAUCCAGCAGGUGCGUCGUACCGAGCGUACCGAAGCAUCCAACUUUGUCAACCUCAACAUCCUGCUGGCGGACUACAUGGAGGUGCAUCAGAAGUCGGAUCUGUUCGAUGCAACGACUGCCGCCUACCGUACGCUGAAGGUGCGCAAAACGACGGACCUAGCGUCGGUGGUAUCACAGGUCGGGAGUGCGUUUAAGGUCGAACCGGGCCAAUUUCGGCUGUGGGAGGUAAAGAAACCGGCCAAUCAGAAACCCCACAAGUUCGAGUACAUCGAUCCCGCAUCGACGGAAACGUGCGCCAAGUAUGCAUCGCCCGAAACGAAGCAUUCUUGUACGAUCUUUCUCGAGCUGCCACUACCGGGGCGAACCGAGCUCGAACCGGCCAAGAUGACGUACGAGUAUAUACUGCUGUUUUUCAAGUUUUAUGAUCCGGUCGAAAAGCGGCUAAACUUUUGCGGUCACGGGCUGUACAAACCGUCAACGACGGUGGCUGAGUUGGCCCGAGAUUUAAACAAACGCGCUUACUUCGAACCGGACACCGAGCUACAGCUGUACGAGGUGGUGGAUAUUAACAAGGCACAGAAGAUUACCGAUCAGUUUCAGAUGCUGUCGGCUGCAAUGUCGAUCCUGUGUCACGGCACAAUCGUUGUGUUUGAGAAGCUACACCCACCGCAGGAGAACCUCGAGUUUCCGACCUGUGAGGCGUACUUUAAGGAUUUGUUCUGCCGCAUGGAGGUGAUAUUUCUCGAUACGCUCAUCCCGAACGAUACAGGCUUUACGCUUGAUCUGUCAUCCGAGUCCACGUACGACCAAAUCGCGAAAGCGGUCGGACGACGCAUUAACGUUAACCCGUACGAGAUUCUAUUUUUCAAGAGCAAAAACUACAGCGAUCUGCCCGGUCAGCCAUUGUCGCACAGCUUCGGCGGCUCGUUGCGGGAAGUGCUGCAGUACAGCAAAACGAAAACGAUACGCAAACUGUUCUAUCAGAAGCUUUCGAUCAACAUAAAUGAGCUGGAGAACAAGAAGCAGUUCCGCUGUCUCUACCUGAUGCCGAACCUGAAGGAGGAGAAAGAACUGAUACUGUACCCGAACAAGAACGGCACGGUGCGCGAUCUGCUCGAGGAAGCGCGAAAGGUGAUCGAGUUUGCGGAGGCCAGCACGAAGCAGCUAAGAAUUUCGGAACUAUCGAAAAAUCGACUGUCACCGGGACCGUCAGACGAUACACCGCUUGAUCAGCUGCACGACUAUACGGAGAAUCCGUUUGUGCAAAAGUCAAGCAUCGGCAAUCAGACGAUGUACCGGAUCGAGGAGGUAGCGGAGGAUGAGGUGCAGCUGGGUGAGCACGAAAUGUUGGUACCAGUACUACACUUUACCAAGGACAUUUCGAGCGUGUUCGGCAUCCCGUUCUUCAUACGUACCGUGCAGGAUGAAACGUUUGCCUCGCUCAAGGAGCGGAUGAAGAAAAAGUUGGCCGUCUCGGAUAAGGAGUGGGAAAAAUACCGGCUAGCGAUCAUUACCGAGCACAUCGAUUAUAUCGACGACGAAAUGAUACAGAUCAAGCUCGAAACGUUCCGGGGCGAUCCGAGCGAUCCGCACUCGCGGACGUUCCUCGGUUUGGAGCACAUCAACAAAAACACCAAACGGAGCAGGUUCAACUACAUGGAGAAGGCGAUCAAGAUUUAUAAUUAGGCAAG